AUGGCUUUCAGGUGUUGUUCGUUGAAGGGAUGGUCGCUAACGUUUGAUGCUAUAGUUAUCGAAAACGAGGGCUGCGACCCGCAACAGGACCAACAACAGGACCAGCGUCAGAAUCAGCGUCAGAAGCUGCGUCAGGUCCUGCGUGCGGUCCGGCGUCAUGUCCUGUGUCAGGUCCUGCGUCAUGCCCAUGAACGGCGCAAUGCGUUCAGAAGCUCGUCGAUCCCUGUUGCUUCCUCAGCCACGCCUGCAACGACUUCUCCGCCGCUUACCGAAUGCGAGGGCAGUAACCAGCGUCAGGUCAACGAACAGCGCAACGCGUUUGAUACUAUCAGAAGCUCAUCGCCGGCUGUUCCUUCCUCGACCAUUCUGCCGCCUGCCCCAACUUGCCCCCCUCCUACCGAGAACGAAGGCUGCGACCAGCGUCAGGUCCAUGAACAGCGCGACGUGUUUGAUACUAUCACAAGCCCAUCGCCGCCUGCUCCUGCCUCAAACAUUUUGCCGCCUGCACCGAAUAGAUCUCCUCCCAGUCCCCCUAUUUAUUCUCGCUGGUCUCCUUCUUCGUCUUCUGUUUAUUCUCAGGAAUCUCCCACCCCCCAACCAGAUCUCUCUCUUGCUUUUCAGCAAUCUCUCGCUUCCCAACCAGAUCUCUCUCUUCGGCGGUCUCGCUCUCGCACUGACUUCCCUCAUUUGCGUGAAAGUCCACAACGUUCCCAAUCUGCGCCUCCAUCACCUUUCAAGAUGGACAGCGGUUUGGAUAAGCAGCUGCCGGACUCACCUACCUCGGCCACCACCCCUCGUGCUUCUCGCACCACCCCCUCCUCUCCUCCUUUUUACGGAGCUGGCAGUCUCCGUCGCUACACCACGCGCCGUGAUUCGCGUGCCUCCCUCAAUAUCAGCCCUGCCUCCCACCGAGAGGACAGUCUCGGACAAGAACCCACGCACCCUGAUCCGCGCGCCCCCUACAUCUCCAACUCUGCCUCCCACCGCGAUCGCAACCUCAGCGAUGUCCCACCGCCUGCCGACUCGCAGCAUCAGUCCACCCCUCGCCGCGACAACGUGGACCUUGCGGACCUCGCCUCGAGACUGAAGGCUCUGGAGGAGACUGUGGAGGCGGCCUCCCGGUCCCAGAGGCUCGAGUUCGAGAGAGUUGGCCGCCUCGAAGGCGCCCUGAGAGUGGAGAUGGACUGCCUCCGUGGUCGCCUCGCCGACGUCGCCGCGUGGAAGGAAGAGGAGCUGGCCUCGCACGUGAGGUGGUUCCAGCAGCGCUUCGAGGCGCUGCGCAUCCACGUGGAAGAGGUGUUUGCCGUCUGGGACCAUGAGCGGCACGAGCUGCUCAUGGCGAACGAGCGCAUGAGCCGCCGCGUGGACGCGGCCGCCAUCGACGUGCGCCUGGUGAGGAGGGAGCACCAGCUCCUUGAGGACCGAGUUGGGACGCUGUCCCGGUCCCUCGCCCGUCUGUUCUUGGCCCUCCAGGGCCCGGCGACGAGUUUGUCAGGGAACUCGUUCGCCGACCAGUGA